UGGACACCCCUCGGCUGUGUCAGGAGGAGAUGCGAACAGAAGCUCGUCGGAAAAAUCUCCUCAUUCUAAUUUUGCAUUAUUUAAUGGAGGAAGGAUAUGUCGAUGCUGCAAAUGCUUUGGAACAAGAGACGAAAUUAAGUUUACGUGGCUUUGAAGUUUGUGACAACGUUGAUCUUGAGACAAUUUUGAUGGAAUAUGAAAGCUAUUACUUUGUAAAAUUUCAAAAGUAUCCUAAAAUUACCAAAAAGGUCCUGGACACCGCAGAAAAUAAACAACAGCUGCGAACUGGGGGAAGAGUAAGAAGGGCAGCAAGCUCUUCUCAAAAUAUACCAAGGUUCAAGCAACAGACAGCACAACAACCAGUGUCAAAAACUUCUGGGAGCACAACAGAACCUAAAUCAUCUGCCAAGGAGAGCCCCAGACAGAAUAGUGACAGUGCAGUUACUCCAGACCAAUCUGGCUUUGGCUUAAGCAUCUCAGCAAUCAGUAAACCUGGAGGAGACAGCCCUCACCCAAGAAAGGUUGGUGGAAACCUGGGCCAAGUAAUUGACUUCCACGGGAUGAUCCAGGAUGCUGUCAGAAUGUCACCAAACGAAAUUGCCUUGAACAGCCUUAAUUAUGAUCCAGAUCCCUCAGAACGAUUAUUGAAACCCCUUAGUGCUUUUAUUGGCAUGAGCGGUGAGAUGAGGGAACUUGCAAUGGUUGUAAGCAAAGACAUUUAUCUCCAUAAGCCCAACGUGAAGUGGGAUGAUAUUAUAGGACUGGAUGCAGCUAAAAGGCUGGUCAAGGAAGCAGUUGUUUAUCCCAUAAAGUACCCAGAGCUAUUUACUGGCAUUCUGUCCCCUUGGAAAGGAUUAUUGCUCUAUGGACCACCAGGUACUGGAAAAACUUUGCUUGCUAAGGCUGUUGCCACAGAAUGCAAUACAACCUUUUUUAACAUAUCAGCAUCCACCAUUGUCAGCAAAUGGAGAGGUGAUUCAGAAAAACUUGUCCGGGUGUUGUUUGAGCUCGCCCGGUACCACGCUCCUUCCACAAUUUUCUUGGAUGAGCUGGAGUCAGUGAUGAGUCAAAGAGGCACUGCUCCUGGUGGUGAACAUGAAGGAAGUCGGCGGAUGAAAACAGAAUUACUGGUGCAGAUGGAUGGCUUGGCCCGAUCUGAUGAUCUUGUAUUUGUUUUAGCAGCUUCCAAUCUGCCAUGGGAGUUGGACUCUGCCAUGCUGCGGAGGCUGGAGAAGAGGAUUCUGGUGGACCUGCCCAGUAAAGAGGCACGGCAGGUGAUGAUCCAGCACUGGCUGCCCCCUCUGAGCAACAGUGGGGGUGUGAAGCUGAGAACGGAUCUGGAUUACAGCUUGCUGAGCCAGGAAACAGAUGGAUACUCCGGCUCAGACAUAAAACUCGUGUGCAAGGAAGCCGCCAUGAGACCAGUGAGGAAAAUAUUUGAUGCUCUUGAAAAUCAUCAGCCAGGUAACAGUAAGCUGCCCGUGAUCCAACUGGACACGAUCACAACAGCUGAUUUCCUGGAUGUGAUCACCCACACCAAGCCAUCAGCAAAGAAUCUAAGCCGGAAGUACAUGGCUUGGCAGAGGGAAUUUGAGUCAGUUUGACAGAAAACACACCCAAAACUUCCAAGACUUCCAAAGUGGCAUGUCCUUGUUCCAAAGGAUCAAAUGGUGAUGGGGAAGGAAAUGCUGUUGUCUCAGGAAAGAGAAAGCAGUGACAAGUGUCAGAGGGAAAUCUUUACUUCCAGAAUUUAAGGGUGGGUGAAAGAGUGGUGGUUAUUCUUUAUUAACCAUUUUAAUGACCAUUCAAAAAACAUUCUUCAUGGAAUUAAUGUGAUGGCAGUUCCUAUGCAACAAAGCCUCCAGCCUUAAUUUUAUGCAUGAAGACUUAAAAGAUUGAUUGCUUCUCAGUCUUUAUUCAUGACAACUGCGUACAGGUUGGAGGUAGAACUGAAGCAGAAAGCUUAAGAACAGUUAGACAAUUAGUGUAAUUCUCCAUUCCCAAGACUCACUAGAGCAUCACAGUCAGUGUAGCUGUACCAGCAGAGACUUGCACCCUUCUUAAUGAAACAUGAAACAAGGGUUUUCAGUGAAACUCAGGACCUUAGCAAGGCUUUGUAGAUGAGGUUAGUUUGUCAUCGUUUUCAGCUGAUGUGUCAAGUGUGUUACUUUCCUGUUGGUUUGGAGCAUUUCCAAGGUGGAAAAGGCAAGGAAUUAAGAGGGAUACUGUAGAAAAUCAGCAGGUUUAGGCUAAUUAACUAGAAACUGUACUGGUGGUUACCCAGUGGUUCACAGCCAGCCAUAAAACAGGAUCACAGAAUCCGAAAUGGCUCAGGUUGGAAGGGACCACAGUGGGUCACCUGGUCCCACCU